GCUGGGCACUCCGCACUAUGGACGAUUCUCUGAAUUUGUCAAACAGUUUGUGAAUUUGUUAAUAAUUUUGAGAAUGUUGAGUUUUCAUUCAUAACUGUGUAACAAAAAUCAAUGUUUAUUUGUGUUUUUUAAUCGUGAACUUUUGUUUAAUUUAAAAUGGAGUCAGAAUCAGUGCUUCAUGGUGAUGUUUCUGAUGGCGCGGAAAUGUCGCCUUUGGUUGAAAAUCAACCAGAAACAAUUGGAGAGAUUGCUGAAAAUAACAUCACAACUGAACAUUCGGAUGCGGCACAAACAACUGAGGAUGCAGCAACAAAUGGGGGACCAACUAGUAGCAGUGACCUGUUGGACUUAGAACAAGGUGUUGAACCAGUGGAAAAUGAAGAACAUCCUGUUGAAGAAGAAGGCAAUGAAGGCCAAGCAGAGGCUGAAGAUGAAAUGGACAUAGAUGAAACAACUCCUGGUGCAGUGGGUGAUGAAUCAGCAUACAUUGGAGACAACUGCUUAUCAACUCCAGCUGCGACUGAAGACAAUUCCCCUCAAGAAGAAAAUCAGUUGGAUCCCAUUUUGAAACAGGAUAGUUUGGAGGGAGAUCCUGAGGGUGAGGCGGGGGAACAGCAAGAGGAGUCUCCGGACCAGUCAAUCAGUUCCGCCAUGCCUGUUGAAGGUGAUGGUGCACCGAUAAUACAAGACGAGGAGUCAAGCACAAUGGACGAAGAUAUGGGUGGUGGUGAAGGUGUUGCAAGCAGCGAUGAUGUUAACGACAUCAGCAGUGCGGCACAAGAAGUACUCAGUACUGGUAUUAGUUCAAGUACAACAGAGGGUGGCGCAGAUAUCUCAAGCAGUGGGCAAGGAGAGCCAGCUCUGAUUUCCUCAACAGCCAAUGGGCCUGCAGUACUGCAUUCUUUCUCUGUGCUACCACAGCAUCCCGCCAAUGAUUUUAGUGACGCGGACACGUCAGAAAUGGAAGGCGCGGCCGACACUAUGCCGUCGGUGAGCGAGUCAAUGCCGUUGCUGACUAUGACCGCUAAUGGAUCUGCCUUGCUGUCACCUAAUCUCCUGCAAGGCUUGUACGCAGGCGAGGAGGGCGCCGGGGGCGGCGGCGUGUCCUCGUCGGUGUCGGAGCGCGGCGCGGAGGGCGAGGCGGGCGGCGGCGAGGGCGCCGUCAGCAGCUCGGGCGCGAACGGCGCGCCGCCCAUCCCGCCCGCCGACGCGGCGCACGCGCUCGCCACGCUCGCCAGCGCCGCGCUGCACCACCACCAGGAACAGCCAGAGCAGGAGGAACAGAAACAAAACGACGAAGAUACUUGGUACACUGUUGGAAUUGUCAAAGGCACCACAUUUACAGUACACAAUUACAUAUCAGAUCCGAACAUCGACCUAUCAAACCUCUCACUGGACAGUAUACCAGACUUGAGUGAUUUAGCCACAACACCUUUAGAGCACGGUACGGCGUAUAAGUUUAGAAUUGCCGCGAUAAAUUCCUGUGGCAAAGGAGACUUUAGUGAGGAAGCGGCAUUCAAAACGUGCCUCCCCGGUUUCCCCGGAGCACCCUCCGCGAUAAAGAUCUCCAAGUCGGUGGAGGGGGCGCACCUCUCGUGGGAGCCGCCGCAGGUCGCCGCAGAGGGGAUAUUCGAGUACUCCGUGUAUCUCGCUGUGCGGUCCAACACGCAGCAGAAGGAGGCGUCAAAAUCGCAGCUUGCGUUCGUGCGCGUGUACUGCGGCAAGGCGAACACGUGCGUGGUGCCGCAGUCCUCGCUCGGCGCCGCGCACGUGGACUCGUCCACCAAGCCGGCGAUCAUAUUCCGCAUAGCCGCGCGCAACGAGAAGGGCUACGGGCCAGCUACGCAAGUCAGGUGGCUGCAGGAUAUAAAAUCGACAGGCGUAAAGCGAGCGGGCGACAGCCGGUUACCGGGCGCUUCGCCGUCAAAGCAACCAAAACAGUUACUGCACUAAAUGUUAGUUAUAUUCUCAGGUUUUACUUAGAAUACUUAUGUUUUAAGUUACAAUUUUUCUCCCGUGCUUCUUUUGGCACGCCUAUGUCGUAGUUUACAUAUAAAUGUAUUUGUUAAUAUAAAUCUAUCAUCCCAAUAUGAUCAUUUAUUUUGAACGUCGUUCACUCGUGACAUAGAUAAAUUAGUGUAAUUUGACUAUAAUAAUUGUUGAGGCGGAAUAAGUGACUGAUAUAACGGAGUGUAAGUAUUGAAAUGAAUAGAAUAAGUGCAAAUUAUAUCUGUUAUGUAAAAUACUUGCAGAAAAUAAACAUUUUUUUACAUAAA